CUUUCUUUUUCUCUCUCUCUCUCUCCUUCGUUCCCUCCGUCUGUCCUUCACUGCGCAGUCCUGUAACAUGGCGGAGACUGACUGAAAUCUAAGCUUUGAGCCGCGCCGUUGAGGGGACGGAUUCCGCAUCUACCUCUCCCGGUGAAAGUAAUUUAUUCUUCCGGGAACUCCUUGUGCUCAGGCAUCCAACGCACCGAGAUCACUCGUUGGACCCGAAUUGCAUUAUUACCGGCAGCCGAAUGAAUGGGAGAAGGAGUUUGCACCUCUCCCUGCCGCCAUGUUGAGGACGGAAGUCUAAAUGAAUGCCCAGAAGCCGGACCAGGGUGGUUUGAGUGCAUUGGCAGCGCACUUCCCAACGAUGAGAAAACCCGGGCCUCAGAAAGUUGCAGAUUGGAAAGAUGGGAGAAGGCAGAAACAAGGCCGGAGUGGUCGGCCGUCCAAUACGCCAUCUCCGUAUCAAGAAUUCCCUCUGAAUUAACAAGGUGUAUCAAGCUCAAUCAGGUUGGAAGAGAAUCUGGUGCUUUCCUGGUGUAUAAGACGAAUAUACGCUUCUUGGGCUUCCAACCAGGUCAGUUCAGUUGGGACAAAUACCUUAAGGAGACAGGCGCUGUUGCUGCCCCUUCCUAUUGCUUUAAGCAGUCGUGCGUUCCACCUGUCAACGAGUUCAAGAUCGGGAUGAAGCUGGAAGCCAAGGACCCUCGGAACGUCACCUCGACCUGCAUCGCCACCGUGGUCGGAAUAACUGGGGCGCGACUGAGAUUGCGGCUCGAUGGCAGCGACAACAAGAACGACUUUUGGCGCUUGGUGUACUCGUCUGAUAUCCAGCCCAUCGGAAGUUGUGAGAAGAACGCGGGGAUGUUGCAGCCCCCUUUGGGAUUUCGACUGAAUGCAUCUUCAUGGCCGAUGUUCUUGCUGAAGACUUUAAGUGGAGCAGAAAUGGCACCAGGCAGGAUAUUUCACAAGGAGCCACCUUCACCCCCGCAGAACUAUUACAAAGUGGGGAUGAAACUGGAGGCAGUCGAUAGGAAGAACCCGCACUUUAUCUGCCCCGCAACGAUUGGGGAUGUGAGGGGGUCGGAAGUGUUGGUGACAUUUGACGGCUGGAGGGGAGCAUUCGAUUACUGGUGUCGCUACGAUUCUGGGGACAUCUUCCCCGUGGGAUGGUGCUCCAUGACUGGAGACAACUUACAACCUCCAGGAACUAAGGCCGUCAUUCCGAAGAACUUGCCGGCACCUCAGGAGGGGGAUCCCGAGAAGCAUAGCAUGCAGGCUUCAGUGAAGAGCUCGCCAGAACAGCUGGCCAUCCACCGCGGCCGGAAGCCAGGCAGGAAGCGGAGCCGAGUGGGGCAGGUGGGCGACGGCAAGCCGGAAAUGCAGCGCGCCGUCUCGUCCACCGCCAAGCCUGUGGAACCACUAAAGAUCCCAAAGAAGCGAGGCCCAAAACCGGGGAGCAAGCGGAAACCACGUGCCCUGCAGAAUACGGUCCCGACCUCCCCUACCACCAGCACCCCAGAGCCCGAUACCAGCACAGUCCCCCAAGAUGCAGCCACAAUCCCCAGCACAGCCAUCACGCAGUCUCCAACAGUAUGUGUUUACUUGAACAAAACCGGCAACCCGGGCCCCCACCUCGACAGGAAAAAACUACAACAACUACCAGACCACUUCGGACCGGCUCGGGCUUCUGUCGUCUUGCAGCAGGCGGUCCAGGCCUGCAUAGACUGUGCGCACAAUCAGAAAGUGGUCUUCUCCCUCCUGAAGCAGGGGCACGGCGGGGAGGUCAUAUCUGCCACAUUUGACCACGAACAGCACACGCUAAACCUGCCAGCGGUAAACAGUGUCGUGUAUGCACUGCGUUUCCUGGAGAAGCUCUGCCACAGCCUACGGUGCGACAAUCUCUUCGGGAACCAGCCUUUCAGCCAGUGCAAUCCAGGCAACCACAACUCUUCCGUCUACGAAAGUGACCGCUUCAUGCCAGGUGAGCCUUUUAUCCUGGAGGAUGGUCACCCAGGCCCCACCGAGUACCGUCUGGAUCCCAUGGAUUCCGCCCUUAAUUCCGUAACCCCCUCCAGCCCCAUGAGUAGGAAUUCCAGAGAGUUCCGAGCUUAUCGGCCUCUACAACACUCGAUGAGCCUGACGCAGAACAGCGCAGGGACAUUUCGCCGUCUCAGUUCUGGAGGCUCCGACAGGUUUACAGCGUCACGGGAUCCGCCCCGCGUGAUCAGCAGGGACCCAUCCAACUGGGCGGUGGAGGAUGUGAUGCAGUUUAUCCGCGAUGCAGAUCCACAGUCAUUGGGCCCGCACGCAGACCUCUUCCGAAAACACGAGAUUGACGGCAAGGCGCUGCUGCUGCUGCGGAGUGACAUGAUGAUGAAGUACAUGGGACUGAAGCUGGGGCCUGCCUUGAAGAUCUGCUACCACAUCGACAGACUAAAGCUGGGCAAGUUCUAAACCGGAACUCAGCGCAUCAGGAAAUAACCAAAACUCACAAAAGACUCAUGGCCGCUACUCCAGGAAGAACCUUGCUAUCCACUUCUGGGUCAGCUUUCUACUGCCAAGGAUCUGUCUUGGAUUCCAGUCAGCAGAUUAAGCGUACACUGAAGCCACAUAGAUUUCAGCUUCAUAGAGCCAUAGCAACAAAGGGAAAAGCCUUUGACCAGACCAUUACACUUCCUACUCGUGUUCUGAACCAGACAAAUAUUUCUAUCCAACUGAGAUGAAGUAUUAUUAACAAAACACUCCAGAUAUUACUGUUGUAUAACAUCUACUUCUGCCAAUUUAUACCCUAAUUUUUUUUUUUUUUUUCUCUCGCCUGUUGGAUCAGUUUAGCAGUGAUGGGCAUUAAAACAAGCAAG